AUGCUGAUCGCUACCAACCGCAAGGAGAUCGACAUGGGCGAUUUCUUCUCGCUGGCCGCGAGGAUAAGGUUCUACGAGUCGGCGGUGGAGGAUAGCUGCGUGCCGUUGAAUACGCUCGGUGAACAGGCAGGGGUGAGGGAGACGUUCAGGAGCGAGAGCAUGUCUGUGGUAUCUACGAACUCGACGAGGUUCUCCCUGGAACACCGGAUGGAUCAUAUCCUGAUGAAGCCCAGUGGCAAGGGGAAGGAUUCGAUGGAUCUCAACGUCAACCGACAUAGCGUUGCCGUUCCGUAUCCUUGUCGGAUCAGUCAACCAGGGUGGUUCUCAUAG